AUAUCGGUUCUUUUGUUUUGACAUUUAUGCGUUGCAAAGUGUAAACAGAAACCGUGUAUUGUAAACUUAGUCAUAUAAGGAAAACAAACAUAUUUCAAAAAAUGCAUGCAAGUCAAUUAAUUAGAAUAUAAUGUUGUUGUUGGCGAUUUUUUUCAUUUUAUGUCCUCUAGAAUUAUAUAGUUUCGAACUGUGUAACGAAAAUGAAAAUCUGAAAUGUGGAAAGUCUACGGAUAAUGUAACAGAUAAUUGUAAAAUACACGUUAAUAACAAUACAGAAGAUUGUCGAUUAUACGACUUUUCAGGUGGUGAUAAUGUAAAACUUAAUUUUGGGGAUGUGUUUUUGCAUCUAAUGCCAGAAACCUCUCAGAAUAUUUUAUCAAUGAACGUUUUCCCCACUCUCCGAUGGACUAAAACUUUAGUGAAGUUUUCUGAAUACAACAAACAAAAAACUUGUAAUAUUUAUAUUGUUGAAAAAUUUAGCAGCUCAUUAGAAACUUUAAGAUAUAAUUGUUAUUGGAAAGAAAAAGCUGGAGACAAAAUAUUGGAUACGAUUCUAAUAGAAAUUAAUUCAGAAACUGAUGGUCAGCUGGCUCACAAAAAGAUUUUAUUUAACAUCCCAGAUACUUUAUAUUUUAAAAAUUCUGUACCAUUACCAAAACGAAAGAUCUUCUCCUAUAUAGAUUUCACGAAUUCCAAUAGAAUAAUAUUGAAAAUACAGCCCUUGGAUCCAAUAUACGAGAUCACUCAUUAUAAAGUAGAAGUUUUCCGAGAAAAAGAAAAACAAAUAAUCAUGUUGGACGUUAGAUUAAUUGCAGCUUACCAAAAAAGUUUCAUAGAUUUCGAGUACACAACUUACAGCGAAGAGGGGUACUAUUAUUUCGCUGUUUCCGUUAUAGGCAAACUUUGUCCUGAAGACUUUUGUUUUAGAACUUUAACUCCAAAAGUUCAUAUCGCCCGCAAAGGUAGACCUUUAGUCAUCGGAAUCGUCGGUGCCAGCUUCUUGAUUCCCUUUGUGCUUUUCUCCUUUUAUCUAUGGAAUCAGAAAUACAGGAACCAUAGUGGACUUAUCGUCGAGCCAAUAAAAAAAGUUCUGGUCCUUUUCAAACCGUCAUUCGAAAAACACAACGACGUGGUUUCCGGUAUAAUAACCGCCAUAGAACAAUUUUCCGAACCGGAAGUGAUAGUAGAACGAAUUAACUUAUCCAAAGUACAAGAAAAAAGCGUCGAAAAAUUCUGCAGCGACAAUCUGAUCUUGGCAACUCACAUCGUCUACGUAAACCCCCCUUUUGUCGACGACGACGCCCCAGGAUUGGAUUACAUGACGUUCAACUUCCUCAAAGAAGAAACUAAGAAGAAAACCAGCGAUAAAAAAUUGAUAGUGGUCCGUUUAUCUUAUUCGAAGAAAGACGUUCCGUCGAUUUUAUCGCCGGCGAUUCAUUUCGAUCUACUACAAGAUUUAUUCGGGUUUAUCAAUAUUUUUAAUACAGUUGAAAUCCAUUCGGAUUAUACUAAACAUCCUGUAUACGUCGAACUGGCGAAGAAGAUCGAGGAAGCGGCUAGAGAGGCACGUUUUUUGAGAAACGUUCCCGAAAUCGUCGUGACCGACGAAUGCGAGGAACCAACGGAAAUCGAUGGGUUGAUUUAAUCCCUUUUCCUAUGGGAUUUUAUCAUCGGUUUCUAUAGGUUUUUAUUUCGAACUAAAGUUUUUUAUCGAUUCCUAUUGCAUCCCCAUCAAUUGAAUUGAUUAUGAGUAGGUCUUCCGAAUUAGGUUCACGUUGGGGUGUUUUUAAAGAAAAAUAUUUUAUUAUGAUGAUGUAUCCGUCAAUUUAGGAUCUAUUUGGUCUUCGGUGCUUUGAAAUGCUAUAAAUACCUUUCCGUUUAUUGGAAAUUGUUCAAAAUGAGCAUGUCGUGAUUGGAAACGGCCUCUAAACGUGGUAUUAUGUCUAGUGAAUUAUUAAAAUAUACAAAAAGAUUCUUUUCAAUCUAAAAUACUUAUAUUUCAUGACAUAUCUGACAAAUAUCAAUCAAUUUGGGUUAUAUUUCAUAUUCAUCGAAUUCUGUAUUGAAUUAUAUUUAUUAGUUGGAUAAAAGAAUCAUCCUGUAAGAUUUGAUAAUGAUUUCGUUGCUUUUGUGCAUCUAAAAUCCACUUCAGGUAGUUGCGUUCAAGAUAUUUUUUAAAAACCCUUCUAUUUAUCAAAAAUUGUACAAAAUGACUGUGGUGUGUAAAUAGGGCCAUUUUUACAUUUUAUAACCCUAUAUUGUGCCCUUUGAGUUGUUAAAGUAUACAAAAAGGCAUUUUUUUAUUAAAAAAAUUUAUUUUUAAUGAAAUAUUUGGAGCUAACAAUCAAUUUUAGCUCUACUUGGUCUUUAUCAUUUUAUUUAUCGAAUUACAUGUAUUAUUUGUAUAAAAGGAUCAUCCUGUAAGAUUUGAUAACGAUUUCGGUAGCUUUGAGCAUCUAAAAUCCUCUUUCGAGGUAGUUGGGUUCAAGAUAUUUUGAAAAAAACCCUUCCAUUUAUCAAAAAUUGUACAAAAUGACUAUGUGGUGUGUAAAUAGGGCCAUUUUUACAUUUUAUAUCCCUAUAUUGUGCCCUUUGAGUUGUUAAAGUAUACAAAAAGGCAUUAUUUUAUUAAAAAAUUUUAUUUUUAAUGAAAUAUUUGGAGCUAACAAUCAAUUUGAGCUCUACUUGGUCUUUAUCAUUUUCUAUAUUGAAUUAAAUGUAUUAUUUGUAUUAGGAUCAUCCUGUAAGAUUUAAUAAUGAUUUUGCUGCUUUUGUUCAUCAAAAAUCCACUUUCUGGUAGUUGCGUUCAAGAUAUUUUGAAAAAACCCUUUCAUUUAUCAAUAAUGGUAUAAAAUAACCAUGUGAUGUCUAAAAAUGGCAAUUUUUACAAUUUAUAACCUUAUAUUGUGCUCUUUGAGUUGUUAAAGUAUACAAAAAGGCAUUUUUUUAUUAAAAACUUUUAUUUUUAAUGAAAUAUUUGGAGCUAACAAUCAAUUUGAGCUAUACUUGGUGUUUAUCAUUUUCUAUAUUGAAUUAAAUGUAUUAUUUGUAUAAAAGGAUCAUCCUGUAAGAUUUGAUAAUGAUUUUGGUGCUUUUGUUCAUCAAAAAUCCACUUUCUGGUAGUUGCGUUCAAGAUAUUUUGAAAAAACCCUUUAAUUUAUCAAUAAUGGUAUAAAAUAACCAUGUGAUGUCUAAAAAUGGCAAUUUUUACAAUUUAUAACCCUAUAUUGUGCUCUUUGAGUUGUUAAAGUAUACAAAAAGGCAUUUUUUUAUUAAAAAAUUUUAUUUUUAAUGAAAUAUUCGGAGCUAACAAUCAAUUUGAGCUCUACUUGGUCUUUAUCAUUUUAUUUAUAGAAUUACAUGUAUUAUUUGUAUAAAAGGAUCAUCCUGUAAGAUUCCCUUCCAUUUAUCAAAAAUGACUAUGUGAUUUCUAAAAAUGACAAUUUUUACAAUUUAUAACCUUAUAUUAUGCCCUUUGAGUAGUUAAAGUAUACAAAAAGGCAUUUUUUUAAUGGAAACUCUUAUUUUGAUAACAUAUCUGUAGUUAACAAUCAAUUUGGGCUGUAUUUGGUCUUUAUAAUUGUCCAAACUAACUUUAUACCAAAUAUAUAUCGAUAAAGUUGAAAAAUUGUCCAAAUUUUAACUUGAUUAACUUUGUUCUUUGUGGAAAAUAAAAAAAAAUUCAUUAAGUUACAUAUAUUCUAACAGAUUUACAGUUUUUUUAAUAAAUACAUAGUUUUUCCAAAAUUAAACUGACAAAUACAAAAACUCAAUCAAUUCGUUAUCAUAUUAAAAAUACAAGUAAAUUAACGAAGUCAUGUGGGUAAAAUGUCGAAGUACAUACCUGUACAAAAAAUAUAAUUAUGAAUAUAUAAUAACAAGUUUAAUAGUACAAAACAACUGAAAAAUACUUUGGCACAAGUUGAAAUAUUAACAGAAUGGUGAAUUUCCAUAUCAAAUUAAUAUUUUUAGGGCUUACCCGAGAAGAAAAUCACAAUUUUAUCAAAAAAUCUUGCUAUAAACAAACACUUGCACACCUACCUUAUUCAUCACCUAACUGAACCUGUCAAACUCAAUUUGAAUUAGACCUCUACCGGCGUACGAACAAAACACAAAAACUGUUGACAAACGUAUCGAUUUAUACUUGUAUUUGACGACUUUAUGCUUCACAAUUUUUCUUUAUUUAACCGCCCUGUAGAGGAGGAGCUCAAUUUUUUUCUAGAAUCUCUUUAAUUCAAACUUUCUGCCUUGGGAUUGUUCAUGAAUGUAUUUUUUAUAUAAUUUUUUAAGGUUUUUUGAAUGAGGGAACAACAAAUGCUUCUUUUUAAGACUGACAUAUAAAAAAAAAUGUUUGUUAUAUAUGUGCUUGAAUAACUUUGUAGUAAUAAAUGUUUACCGUUUUU